UGUUCAUUUGUUUUGAUGAUACGCAAUAAACAAAUGAAGUUUAUCAAAAUAGUUUUAAACUAUCGUUGUUUAAAAUUUCAUAGUUUUGUACGUUUCAAGCAUGAUAUCCAAGUUGACGAAUCGACCUUAGUUUCAUCAACGCAUAUCAAAAAGAAAUUAAAAACUUUGGAUUUACCCUAUGAUGAUGGUUACACGUGCUUCAUAACGAAUUGUGUUUUAUGUUCUCCAGCUUCGAAAAAAGCUUCUAAAAAAUUAUUCAUAAAUAAAGUAUCAGGUUUAUAUUUAUGUACUUGUAUGAAAUACAGUGGAAAUUGGGAUAAAUUCGAAAAAUAUUUUGAUAGUAAAAAGAAUGCGAAAUCAUCGAAACAAAUUUCGGCAUUAAAAGAAGCACUUGCUAAUGAUACAAGUCAAUAUAACAGUAAAUGGGAAGAAAUUUCAAAGCGUUCAAAAACCUUCAAUGAAAUUAGUGAUGAUGAAUUUUCUGAAAUCAUUAAACAUUUUAAUUUUCCUAUCCAUCGCAAAAACACGUUUGAAACAAUCGAAGCUAGAAUAGAUGAAACAAAAAAAAUUUUAUAUUUUCCAUUUACUAAUACGAAUUCAGAAGUUAUUGGCUAUAAAAGUUUGAAAUUAAAAUCUGGUGAAGAAACUACAUAUCCAGAAACAGAUUGCCAUGGAAUAUUAAUUACGAAAUCCACAAAAUCUUCGUCAGCGAUACUUGUAAAUAGAAUAGUUGAUCUAGUCAAUCUUUCUCAAUAUAAAUUAAAUAUCGAUAUAAUUUGCUUACCAUAUGGUAUUAAAAAUUUACCUCAACAAAUUUUGCCACUUUUUGAAAAUUAUGAAAAAUUAAUUAUUUGGUUUGGUCAUGAUGUUAUUUCAGUAGAAGCAGCGAAACAAUUUGCGAAGAAACUUGAAGAAAAACGAUGUUUUAUCGUCAGAUCGAAUGAUAAAUGUGAUCUUCCGUCGUUGGUUACAAGUACUGGUGAUCUGAAAAAAAUUAUGUCUUCAGUAACACCUGUAUGGCAUAAAUCUAUAACAACAUUUGGAGCAUUACGACAGGAUAUUUUAUUUGAUUUAAAAAAUAUUGAACGAGUUCAGGGCGUCAAAUGGACUAGAUAUCCGACAUUAAAUCGUAUUUUAAAGGGACACCGUCGGGGGGAGUUAACAGUCUUAACAGGACCGACUGGUUCUGGGAAAACAACUUUUAUAAGUGAAUAUUCCUUAGAUUUAGCUAUGCAAGGUGUAAAUACUUUAUGGGGUAGUUUUGAAAUAAGAAAUGCUCGUCUUGCUCGUACAAUGUUGCAACAAAUGGUUGGAUUACCUUUAGAGGAACAUUUGGAUCAAUUUGAUGUAUGGGCGGAUAAAUUUGAACAGUUACCCAUAUAUUUUAUGACAUUUCAUGGCCAACAAUCUAUUAAAAUUGUGAUGGAGGCAGUUGAACAUGCAACAUAUGUACAUGAUAUUUCACAUGUAAUUAUUGAUAACGUACAAUUUAUGAUGGGAACUGGAGAUGAUACCAAACACAUGGAUCGAUUUUGGAAACAAGAUGUGAUAGUUUCAGCAUUUCGAACGUUUGCUACGAAAAAAAAUUGCCAUGUUACAUUAGUUAUACAUCCACGAAAAGAACGUGAUGCCGAUGAUUUAACGAUUAAUUCGAUAUUUGGUGGUGCCAAAGCUUCACAAGAAGCAGAUAAUGUUUUAUUAAUACAAGAUAAACGACUUUCUUCCAUACGUGGGAAAAAAUAUCUUCAGGUGACGAAAAAUCGAUAUAGCGGUGAUUUAGGUGUAAUUCCAUUAGAUUUUGACAAAUCUGGCCUCAGUUAUUGCCAAAAGAAGAAAAAAAGUGACGACAAAGGAGAUGUUGAAAAAGUUGAUGUAAAAAGUGAUGUAAAUAUUGCAUGUUCUAAAACGUUAAUUGGUUAA